UUCUCCAUCAUUCAUUCCCGUCGUGCGGACCUCUGCAAUUUUCCCCUUCAGCACUAACCAUCACCAGCUCUGCAGUGCACACAGAGAGAGUGAGAGAGUGAGAGAUGGAGGUGACAUCUUUUUGUAGCAGCAGCAGAGGGAUUUCCUUCGUCUAUUCUUAUCCAUGGAAAACCAAAUCAAGAUUUGAUAAUCCUUCGACAGUUUCGCCUCUUCUUGUACGCUCCAUGGCUGCCGAGAAACCUCUUCCUUCUGCUGCUAAAACUGUCGGCUCCAAGAAGAUAAACUCGACGGUGUUCCCCCUCGGCGAGAAAGGGCCGCGGAGCAGCAUCUCGCUGUCGACUUCACCGCAGAUCAAGCUACUGACGAGGGUGGAGCAAUUGAAGCUGCUGAGCAAGGCCGAGAAGGCCGGGCUGCUGUCUGCGGCGGAGAAGGCCGGGUUGUCUCUGUCGUCGAUUGAGAAAUUAGGGCUUCUCUCGAAGGCCGAGGAAUUGGGGGUUCUGUCGGCGGCAACGGACCCGGGAACUCCCGGGGCGCUGCUGAGCCUCAGCCUAGGGCUUUUGCUUUUGGGGCCUUCGUGCGUGUAUUUGGUUCCUGAGGACAGUGUUUGGGAAAUCGUGUUGCAGGCGGCGGUGGCUCUGGUGUCCGUGGUGGGUGGCUCGGCGGCGUUUGCUGCGUCGAAUCUGGUUUCCAAUUUGCAGAGAUCGAAUUGAAUUCCAGAGUCGGAGUUCUGCGGCCAUGGGAGCUGUAACAAUGGCACCGUCCAUCGUCGAUAUCAUCUUUCGUUCUCUCGUGUCGUCGUUUUGUAUACUGCAAUUAUUGAAUUCAUCAUUUUUCAGAUUAAAAUGGCGAUAUAUGAACGAUUCUAUUCUGGUCUCAGUUUUAUAAUAAUACCAAUAACAGAGUAUUAUACAACAAAA